GUUAGCAAUGCAGUGGUCGCCGUGAGGGAAACAGCCAAUCAGCUGACAGCAGCAUUUUCAGAAAAUAGUAUAGGACAUUUUAAAAAUAUUUGGAACAUCUUGUUUUACUCUUUCAAAACAGUCACUUGUGCGUAAACAUGUUGGACAACAUCACAAAAAAGUACAAAGCAUCUGAUUUAACUAAGGAAAGUAAAAGAAAAACUAUGUGACUAAGACAAGACAAAACUAAACACUCACAUCACAUUAAGAGUUAUUGCAGUUGUUGACAUUCACGGAGGGUUUGAGGCUAGUUGAAUUAGAACAUGAUGAAAUCAGAUUUCCACAGAAGCACAAUCAGUCUGGUUCACAGGAAUGUAUUAGUCAGUAAAGGCUGAUAUGUUUUUUUUCUUGUUCCUUAACUUUUUUGGUGAAAAAUUAUUUAUUUUAGCAAUCCACAUUCAAACUGGUAUGGAGUGAUCUGUGAGUUUAGAGGCUUUUAUUUGUUUUUGGCAACUUAAGUUUCUUUUUCUUUUAUACUAUGAAGAAAUGAGGCUACAAAUCUGUCACUUUAAAACUCACCGUCAACGACUAAAACACUGGAUUUUCCCAUUUAGACGGUAUUAAAUGUGGAUAAGCAGUAGUGUACUCAUUUAAAGGAGGAGUAGGCAAACUAAGUUAAUGUACCUCACCACAUCCUCUCUGUCUCCACCAGUUUGACGUUGAUUUACUUCAGCCAUGGUGAGCCAUACAGAGUUGUAAUUAAAUGUCCACAGGGGGCAAUAGUGCUCCUUAGAUACCAAGAUACAUUGGUGAAUCAGGGUCCUCUGUGCGUUCAGAAAUGUUCUUCUAAUAAAUCUGAAUGUCAUAAGAGAGGCCCAAGUCAGACUUGUAUUAACAGUGCAAGAGUUUAUGCUGAUAAAUGUACAUUUUAUCGUAGCUUUAAAAGGAUGUUUAACAUGCCAGGCGAUCCAUUCAAAGUCAUGUAACAUAAGUGUUGCGUUGCUGGAUGCGUCGCUCUUCCCUGUUAUAUAAUCUCUUUGUGCGCUUUGUGCAGACGUCUACUCUCGCUUCUUGACACCAUACGUGAUUACUGUUCGCUGCCAGAUUGUUUGGCUGCCGUGACCCGCCGAGCGACGGUUCGUGACAAAGACUGAAGUGCCCUCGCGUUAAAGAUCUGCCCUCUUUCUCCUCCUCCUCCUCGGUACCCACGUUCAGCACCGCGGACAGCUCCCUGCCUCCAACCGUAAACCACCGCCUACCGCCGAAUGGUCGAAUACAAGUAGGACAACAAGAGGUUGGCUGCACUCUGAGCACAUGAGAGACUGCAUUUUGGAAGGUUUUUACUCUUUACCCUUUCUAACAGUCAAGCGACGGAUGUGACAAUACUGAAGAGUGUUUUCGGAGUCAGAGAAACGACGCUGAAACACAAUGAUCCCCCGAUAUAAACCGAGUCCCGGGUCCACCAUGUCCUUGGCCUUCUGCGGGAACGAGAACAGCUCGGCGGCUUACAACGUGGACGGCGGGGUUCUGAACAACGGUUGUUUCCUGGAUGCGCUCAAUGUGGUGCCACAUGUAUUCCUCCUCUUCAUCACGUUUCCCAUUCUCUUCAUCGGUUGGGGGAGCCAGAGUUCAAAGGUCCACAUCCACCACAGCACCUGGCUCCACUUUCCUGGUCACAACCUGCGCUGGCUCCUCACCUUUGUCCUGCUCUUCAUCCUCGUUUGUGAGGUGGCAGAGGGCAUUGUCUCUGAUGGGUUCAGCCAAUCCCUCCAUCUUCACCUGUACAUGCCCGCAGGUCUGGCCUUCUUGGCUGGCAUCACCUCUAUCGUCUACUAUCAUAACAUCGAGACCUCCAACUUCCCCAAACUACUAUUAGCCCUGCUGAUCUACUGGGUGCUAGCCUUCAUCAUGAAGACUAUCAAGUUUGCCAAAUAUACCGAGCAUGGCGUUGGCCCCAGGCAGCUACGCUACUGCAUCACCGGGCUGCUGGUGCUGCUGUAUGGACUCCUGUUGGCUGUGGAGAUCAGUGUCAUCCGGGGCAGGCGCUACGUGUGUUUCGCCGACCCAAGAGAGGUGAAGCCUCCCGAGGACCUUCAGGACCUGGGUGUCCGUUUCCUGCAGCCCUUCGUUAACCUGUUGUCCAAAGCCACCUACUGGUGGAUGAACACCUUCAUUACUUCUGCCCACAGACGGCCCAUCGACCUCAAGGUCAUCGGCAAACUGCCCAUCGCCAUGAGAGCCCUCACAAACUAUAAAAAACUGCGCAAGGCAUUUGAAGACCAGAAGAGCCCCCAGGGCACAGCACCCCAGGGUCCAAAGUGGAUCUGGCAGGCCCUGAAGAAAGCCUUUGGCAGACCUCUAAUUCUCAGCAUCACAUUCCGCUUCCUGGCUGACCUGCUGGGCUUUGCCGGUCCUCUCUGCAUCUCUGGCAUCGUCGACCACGUCAGCAAGGGCAAUCGCACCAUUCAGCCACCGAUGAGGUUGCUCGGUAUUGAUUUCAUUUCAUCCAAGGAGUUCCUGGAGAAUGCAUAUGUGCUGGCCGUGCUGCUCUUCCUGGCCCUGCUCCUGCAGAGGACCUUCCUCCAGGCCUCCUACUAUGUGGCCAUUGAAACAGGCAUCGGCCUGCGUGGGGCAUUACAGACAAAAAUCUACAACAAGAUCAUGCGUCUGUGCACCUCAAACAUGUCCAUGGGAGAGCUCACCGUUGCUCAGAUCUGCAACCUGGUUGCCAUAGAUACCAACCAGCUCACAUGGUUCUUCUUCCUCCUUCCUAACCUGUGGGCCAUGCCCAUUCAAAUCAUCAUGGGAGUGAUCCUGCUCUACUACCUCUUGGGAAUCAGUGCCUUGAUUGGGGCAACCGUCAUCGCUGUGUUGGCUCCUGUACAGUACUUUGUGGCCACCAAGCUGUCCCAAACACAAAAGAGCACUCUGGAGUACUCUAGUGAACGUCUGAAGAAGACCAAUGAGCUGCUGCGGGGCAUCAAGCUGCUGAAGCUGUACGCAUGGGAGCACAUCUUCUGUGACAGCGUGGAGGAGACCAGGGGCAAAGAGCUCACCAGCCUCCAGGCCUUUGCGCUUUACACAUCCAUAUCCAUUUUCAUGAAUGCAGCUAUUCCCAUCGCAGCUGUGUUGACGACGUUUGUGGUUCAUGUUCACAUCUCAGAGGAUGGUGAUCUGUCCCCAGCUGUGGCCUUUGCCUCCUUGUCCCUCUUUCACAUCCUGGUCACGCCCCUCUUCUUGCUCUCCAGCGUGGUGCGCUCCACUGUCAAGGCUCUUGUUAGUGUUCAGAAGCUCAGUGAGUUUUUCUCUAGUGAUGAAAUUGGAGAAGAACAGGAACCCAGAGCGACCUUAACCUCUGGCUCCAGCAAUCACAACCAAAAUAAAUACCAGGCUGUGUCAUCCUCUAAACCUCUCCCCUCGUCGUCCUCCUGCUUUUUGCCCCUGCACCACCAGCCCUUGAAGGUGGUGAACCGGAAGCACCCCCAGAGGGAAGAAUGGAACAACUACAGCUCUGAGGGAAGCCAUGAGGAUGAUAGAUCCUCCCAGGACAUAGACCAGGACAUUUGCAUCAAGAUAACCAGCGGUUACUUCACCUGGACCGAUGGACCUCCAACGCUUUCUAAUGUGGACAUCAAGAUUCCUUUUGGUAAGCUGACUAUGAUUGUGGGCCAAGUGGGUUGUGGAAAAUCAUCUCUGUUGCUGGCAGCACUGGGUGAGAUGCAGAGAGUAUCAGGAACUGUCACCUGGAACAGCCUGCCACUGUUGGAGACUGAGGGAGAUGAAAGUCCCACAGACAAAGAUGCAGCAAGUUAUGGAGACAUCAGGAAGAGAGGCGCUGUGGCCUAUGCUUCCCAGAAGCCCUGGCUGUUGAAUACCACCGUGGUGGAAAACAUCACCUUUGAGAUGCCCAUGAUAGAACCGAGAUACAAAGCUGUCAUUGAAGCCUGCUCUCUUCAGCCUGACAUCGACAUCCUUCCACAGGGGGACCAGACAGAGAUUGGGGAGCGGGGUAUCAUCCUGUCAGGAGGACAGAAACAGCGUAUCAGCGUGGCCAGAGCCUUGUACCAGCAGACCCAUGUGGUCUUUCUUGACGACCCCUUCUCAGCGUUAGACAUCCACCUGAGUGACCACCUGAUGCAGGACGGCAUCCUGAAGCUGCUGAGAGAAGAGAAGAGGACGGUGGUGUUGGUCACACACAAACUUCAGUACCUACUGCAUGCUGACUGGAUUAUCGCCAUGAAAGAUGGCACAAUCCAGACUGAGGGGACUCUGAAGGACAUCCAGAACUCCGAGCCUGAACUCUUUGAGCAGUGGAAAACCCUGAUGCACAGAGAAGACCAGGAGUUUGAGAAGGAGACGGAGGCAGCAAGUAUGACAGACCUGGAGAGAAAGAGCCUACGGAGGGCCAUGUACUCCAAAGAGACCGGCAGGACUGUGGAGGACGAGGAAGAGGAGUCCAUGGAGAGCGAUGAUGAAGAUAACCUGUCGCAGGUGAUGCGCCAGCGAGCCACCAUCCCCUGGCGCUCCUGUGGGACUUACCUGUCGUCCGCUGGCGUCCUCUUGCUCUCCCUGCUCAUCCUGUCACAGCUCCUCAAACACACCCUCAUGGUUGCCAUCGACUACUGGCUGGCACACUGGACAUCACACGUUAUUGAGGCCAAGAUCGACGCCACAGCGCACAACUGCACGGUCGUUCGGCACUGCGGCUUCAGCCACUCGUGGUACCUGUCAGUGUUCAGUGUGCUGUGCUGCCUGGGCAUCAUCUUCUCUCUGGCCUCCUCUGUGGCUGUGGAGUGGACCGGCCACAAAGUGGCCAUGGAGCUUCACCACAACCUGCUCAACAAGAUCAUACUGGCCCCUAUGAGGCUGUUUGAGACGACUCCGCUCGGCACCAUCCUCAACAGGUUCUCCACAGACACCAACACGAUUGACCAGCACAUCCCCACCACCCUGGAGUGCCUCUCCCGAUCCACUCUGCUGUGCGUGUCCGCCCUGGGUGUCAUCUCCUACGUGACCCCCAUCUUCCUCAUCGCCCUUCUGCCGCUGGCUGUCACCUGCUACUUCAUCCAGAAAUACUUCCGAGUGGCCUCCAGGGACCUUCAGCAGCUGGAGGACAGCACCCAGCUCCCGUUACUCUCCCACUUCUCUGAGACGGUGGAAGGUCUCACCACUAUACGGGCCCUCAGGUAUGAGCCCAGGUUCAGACAGCGGUUACUACAGUUCACUGAUGCCAACAACAUCGCCUCCCUCUUCCUCACAGCGGCCAAUCGUUGGCUGGAGGUUCGCAUGGAAUAUAUUGGAGCCUGUGUGGUGUUGGUAGCAGCUGUGGCCUCCAUCACUAACUCGCUCUACAACCAGCUGUCCACCGGCCUGGUGGGGCUCGGACUGACCUACGCGCUCAUGGUAUCCAACUACAUGAACUGGAUGGUGCGUAACCUGGCAGACAUGGAAGUACAGCUCGGCUCAGUCAAGAGGAUUAACAGCCUGCUCAAAACUGAACCAGAGAAUUACGAGGGACUGCUCACUAUGUCUCAGGUCCCUGACGGCUGGCCCCGGCAGGGAGAGAUCAAGAUCCAGAACCUGAGCGUCCGGUACGACACCACACUGAAGCCUGUGCUCAAAAACGUCAACGCACACAUCAGCCCCGGACAGAAGGUGGGGAUCUGUGGCAGGACAGGCAGUGGCAAAUCAUCUUUCUCCUUGGCCUUCUUCCGCAUGGUGGACAUGUUUGAGGGGAGGAUUGUGAUUGAUGACAUUGACAUCGCCAAGCUGCCUCUGCAGACCCUCAGGUCUCGCUUGUCCAUCAUCCUCCAAGACCCCACCCUCUUCAGCGGCACCAUUCGGUUCAACCUGGACCCAGAGAUGAAGGCUACUGAUGAGAUGCUGUGGGAAGCUCUGGAGAUUGCUCAGCUGAAGCCUGUUGUUAAAACCCUACCAGGAGGCCUGGAUGCUAUGGUGACGGAGGGAGGAGAAAACUUCAGUCAGGGUCAGAGACAGCUGUUCUGUCUGGCCAGAGCCUUCGUCAGGAAGAGCAGCAUCCUGAUCAUGGACGAGGCCACUGCGUCCAUUGACAUGGCAACGGAGAGCAUCCUGCAGAAAGUGGUGAUGACUGCUUUUGCUGACCGAACAGUAGUUAUUAUCGCACACCGCGUGCACACCAUCCUCAAUGCCGACCUGGUGAUUGUGAUGAAGCGUGGGAUCAUCCUGGAGUACAACCGACCCGAGGCCCUGCUGGACAAGGAGGACAGUGUCUUCGCCUCCUUUGUGCGAGCAGACAAGUAGCACAAGAAGAGGAAUGAGAGGAAACAUUAAAGGAAGACACUCAAAGUGCAAUUGUCCCAGGAAUAUAUUCCUUUUAUUUUUUAAUCAUGUUGUAUUAUAUUUGUACAUAGAAAAUGCUACUUCUUUGUUAAUAAA